AUGUCCGCCGGAUCAGCCAGCGAGAUUUCAAAGGGCCAGGUUGAUCUGCUAGAUUUCAUUGACUGGUCUGGUGUGGAAUGUCUCAACCAAAACUCAAGUCACUCUUUGCCUAAUGCUCUCAAGCAGGGAUAUAGAGAAGAUGAAGGUUUAAACUUAGAGAGCGAUGCUGAUGAACAACUUCUCAUCUACAUUCCAUUCAACCAAGUCAUCAAACUACAUUCCUUUGCUAUCAAAGGCCCUGCAGAGGAAGGUCCUAAAACAGUGAAGUUUUUCUCAAACAAAGAGCACAUGUGCUUCAGCAAUGUCAAUGAUUUUCCUCCAAGCGACACCGCUGAACUAACUGAAGAAAACCUCAAGGGAAAACCGGUGGUCCUUAAAUAUGUGAAGUUUCAGAAUGUUCGUAGCUUGACGAUCUUCAUUGAAGACAACCAAUCGGGUGCUGAGGUCACAAAGGUUCAGAAGAUCGCUCUCUACGGCUCAACGGUGGAGACGACUGAUAUGAAGGGAUUGAAAAAGAUUGAAGAUCACUGA